GCGCUCUCGCCCCUCAGUCUCGCUAGAGCGCUUUCGAUACUACAACGUCAAUUUCGACAUGGCGGAUUCAAAUUCAAAUUCGUACGAUAUUAUCAAUAAUUAUUCUCCGAAAAUAGAAGUGGAUUCGGAGAGUGAGAGAGAGUUUUUGAGGCGUGAUCAGAAUGCGAAAUGUAAGUUGUACUGGACGACAGAGAAUACGAUAAAGUUGAUUGAGACUAUGGAGAAGGAGUGUCGAGAGUUGUGGGAUCCGAAGAAUCCGUUGAACCGAGACCGGAACACUAGACAAGCGAAGUUUGAGUACUUGGCGGAGGUGAUAGGGACGACGUCUGAGGAGAUAAGCAGAAAAGUACACAAUUUGCGCACGCAGUUUAACAAUGAGUUGCGGAAAAUAAAGCGAGGUCAGGUGGUGCGUAGCGGGUGGGAGUAUUUCGAUGCUCUCUCGUUUCUGAUGCGGACGCCGUCUGCGGAGGCGUUGGAGACCGUUGACGCAGUUAAUUUGGAGCUAGCAGAAUUCCAAGCCGAUGAAGAGGAAGAAUUUGGUGCUGCAGCUCGUGCCCACGUGGCCUUACUGAACGCAUCAAACAACAGCGCGAAUGGCAGCCCCAGCAGGAGGCUGCACAAGCCUCUAAGAGUAGCAGCCUCAGCCCCACUCCCACUGCCACCCAGUGCCAACCCUCUCAUGUGGCCUGAGGAACCUACUCCAAGGAUAAGACCUGGAAUUAAUGCUGAUGAAUGUCAGAUCUUCGGUGAUUUCGUAGCCUCGGAGCUCCGGACUCUUCGCUCUCACGAAUCUCGCAAACGAUUGAAGAGGAUGAUUCAGAAGGCUAUCCUGCAAAUCGGAGAGGAAGAGGAUGUCAACAUGAUCAGUGGAUGACAACGACGCCUGUCACUUGAUUCCACAGACUAAACAUCAAUGUUGUAGUCAAGGAUCUUGUGAUAUCCGAGAAAUGACUUUUCGUUCUUCAAUCUUUCUUUGUAGUACUCUAGUGCACAGUGGUGAUUUUGUUUUAAGUUUGUAGCAAAAAUAUUUUGGGUGCAAUUUUUUUUUUGUCACUUCAAAAGUGAUGAUAUAGUGGUGAUAUAGUUUUAUUUUUUGGAUUAAAUACCUAUGUAGUGUAAUGUGUUGCUUUUUGUAUUGUGUAGCUCUGUAAAUGUGUAGUUUUUAUUGUUGUAGGCCAGUGAUUAAAUUUAAUGUUGUCUUUUCAUGUUAUUAAAAUUUUAUGUGACAUAGGUACUUAUUGUUCUGCGUUUAAUGUGUAACUGCCAUAUUCAAAGAUAUUAAAUGAUUAUUUAAACUAUUCCUUAGUAACAAUUUUGUAUCGAAAACAAUACAAUUAAAAUUAAACACUUGAUUUGCCAAAAGUGAUACUUUUUAAGACGUCGUCAAAUAUUUCCAUUACAUUGCACAUUUAUUUCUGAAAAAUGCUAAAUUAAUGAAGGAAAGUUUGAUUAUUUCUAAAUAUUUAAUUGUACCUAUUGACCUAAAAAAAUAUCCAAUUACAUAAUACGGGGUUAAGUAACCAUUAAAUGACUCUGAGCAUGGCAGUAAGUGUAUUUUGUAUGUGUAAAAAACAUUGCAGAAUUUAAUUUAUCUUUGUAUGUAUCUAUUUUAUCAAUGUAAUGUGACAAUGUCUAGAAUCCUAAAUAAUUUUAUGUGAUAUUUAAAAUCUGAUGUAUAAAUAGAAAUAGAAAUUCAAUUCGUGAUAUAAUAAAAUAAUUUAAUUGUAAUACACUAUAUUAAUUACCCAUCUUAUCUAUUACUGUCUUGAGACAUUCUAAAAUUAAUUUUAACGCACAUUUAUUAGAGUUCAAUUUCAAUUAAACAUAUAAACAGCUUUUGUUACUUCUAUCUCUUUUUAAUUGCAUGUGACAGAUAAGGAUAGCGUCAACGAAGGUCGAAUUACUUGGUGGAUCUGUUCAAUUGUUUCUCGUAUAGUAAUUAAUGAAUAAUGUAAAUUGUAUGUAUUAAUUUUAUUUAUGUAUUUCAAUGUAAUUACUCCAAAAUAUAAUAAUUAUUUAUUCAAUAAUAACAAA